GCAACUCUCGCCCCGCCCCUGCCAUCUGCAGCGCCCUGUGAUUGGAGGAAGGGCCCAUCACUUGGCCGCGCCGUUGGGGUGGGAGGAAGAGGGCCCCAUCCGAGAGUGACGCUGAGGCGGCGGAGGUUCGGUGAGCGCUUCGGUCCGUGAGUGCGAGCGAGCCGCGGCAGCACUUCGGACGCUCUCCCCAUCUCUCAGCGGUGAAUGGCGGCGGGAUGGAGCACGAGGGGAGCGGCGGCAGCGGGGGGUCGGCCGGGCUCCUACAGCAGAUCCUCAGCCUGAAGCUCGUCCCGCGGGUGGGCAACGGGACCCUGUGCCCCAACUCCACUUCUCUCUGCUCCUUCCCAGAGAUGUGGUAUGGUGUGUUCCUGUGGGCACUGGUGUCCUCUCUCUUCUUCCAUGUCCCUGCUGGAUUACUGGCCCUCUUCACCCUCAGACAUCACAAAUAUGGUAGGUUCAUGUCUGUAAGCAUCCUGUUGAUGGGCAUCGUGGGACCAAUUACUGCUGGAAUCUUGACAAGUGCUGCAAUCGCUGGAGUAUACCGAGCAGCAGGGAAGGACAUGAUCCCAUUGGAAGCCCUCACCUUGGGCACCGGACAGACAUUUUGCGUAGUGGUGGUCUCCUUCUUACGGAUUUUAGCCACUCUCUAGCGGACACCUGUAGGCCAUGAUGUUGAACCUAAGUUUGACAGGCUCCUCACAAAAAGAAUACAUUAUGGAAUGCAGUGUGUUCUUACUUCUUCAGGUGGAAGAAACUUGGAUGAAGCAGCAUGUGAAAAAUGACAUCUCAGCCCUUUCUUCAGUUUGAAGCUCUAGGAACUGAAGAUCUUUCUGGACUCCUGUUGUCCUCAACCAAAACAAAUCAAGUUUCUUAGCACUUUUUUUUUUUUUUUUUUUUGGAUUUAAUUUAAGCAGUUUUACAAGUGCACCUUUACCCACGCUAGGUCAACAGCCCUUCUGGGUUGACGUCCUUCACCCCGAAAUCUACAGUAUUCUGUGAGAAAAUGCAAUGUUGCGUAUUUCAGAGAAACCAUGAAAAAUACUGGUUUUUUUUCUGAGCAGAGUAUGCUGUACUAAAAUCUUAUCUAAUCUAAUCUUGAUUAAAAUUUGGCAGACUC